AUGUCCUCCUCAACGUCCACCCUCUUCUCCCCCAUCCGCGUUGGCAAUAUGAACUUGCAGCACCGCGUCGUUCUUGCCCCACUUACCCGUAACCGCGCACACGCAGAUCACGUCCCAGGUCCACAAGCACCAGCAUACUACUCUCAGCGAGGGUCCAUCCCUGGCACUCUUCUUGUCACAGAGGGCACAUUCAUAUCUCAAAACGCUGGCGGUUAUGACCAUGUUCCUGGAAUAUACACCGAGGCUCAUGUGGAGGGGUGGAAGAAGGUGACAGAUGCAGUCCACGAGAAGGGCUCUUUCAUUUUCCUACAACUCUGGGCACUUGGCCGCACCGCAGAAACCGCCGUUCUCGCCAAGGAGAACAACAGUCCCCACGUGGGAGCCUCACCCAUUCCCCUCCCGGAAGCCCAGAAACAGAAGUGCCACGCGCUCUCACCACAGAUGAAAUCAAGGCCGGGAUUCGAUGGUGUUGAGAUUCAUGGCGCGAACGGCUACUUGAUCGACCAGUUCAUUCAAGACGUCACCAACCACCGUACGGAUGAAUAUGGCGGGAGCAUCGAGCAUCGCGCCAGGUUCGCACUCGAGGUUGCAGAUGCUGUUGUAGAGGCUGUUGGUGCCGAGAGGACAGGGUUCCGAAUCAGUCCGUGGGGCAUAUUCAAUGGAAUGGGCAUGGCAGAUCCAAAACCCCACCAGUUGCGCAAGCGCAAACUCGCAUACAUCCACGUCGUAGAGCCGCAAACUUCUGAACACAACAGCGAUUUCCUCCGUGAUAUCUGGAAUGGGGAUGAGGGAAGCACGUUCAUCAGCGCAAACGGACAUAACCGCAAGAGCGCUAUUGAGACGACAGACAACAAGGGCGGACUUGUUGCGUUCGGGAGGUCGUUUAUGCCAAACCCCGACCUUCCAUUCCGCCUGCUAAAGGAUAUCCCGCUCGAGCGUGGCGACCAGAAAACGUGGUACAUGGUCGGUAAUCUAACACCAACGGGCUACUCUGACUGGCCCUUUGCGUCAGAGUAUAGUCAGCAACAGACAAGUAAAUUCUGA